AUGCGCCAACUACUCUUCCAGCGCCGCAUGAACGGCCACGCCGAAUCCUCCAGCGGCCCCCGCCUCACCUUCUACCACCUGUCCACCAACCGAAAACUCGAAGUCGCGUGGUUCUCGCGGUAUAUCUUGACGAGGGCUCUGCUUAUCAGUCACGAGGAGUGGAGGGAAUGGAAGUAUGGGAAUGAGAAUGGGAUCUAUGUUGUGUAUGAUGGUGGUGGUAGUGAUGGUGGUGCGAAGGGUGGGUUCGAGCCGGCGAUCCUCGUGAGGGAUGGGUAUCGGAUUGGGGGUAGGAGGGGCGAGGGGCAGAGGAUGUUCCGGUUGUGGAGGGAUGGGGGCUUUGGGAAGGAUAUUGAGGUUGAGGGGCGGGUGGAGGGCGAUAGUGGUGACGACGUGGUGAGUGCUGCAGCUAGGGUGGCUGCCGCUGCGCUUGCGCUGGCCGAUGCUAUUGGGUCGGUGGUCACGCCUCCUGUUUCGCCUGUGUUUGCUCCCGUUGCUUCUCUUCUGGUGCACGAUACAGUGGAGCUGCUGUACGAAGAAAGCGAAAAUGGCGAUGAAGGCGUCCUUGACCCUCGUCUUCGUGCAUUUGAUGCUGGAAGGGAUGUCCCGAUAACGGAAGAGGAAGAAGAGGAGCUGCAGCGUCUGGAUGUGUGUGCUUGA